CCGCCGCCUCCGAGGAUGGAUCGCGUAGACCGUUGGGCCCGCUCCGCGCGCUCCUGCCUGGUGCGGAGCUCGGUGCGGAGGGCCAUGCCCUGGGGGCUGCUGGGCCUCACGCUGGGCGGCUCCCUGGUGAAGGAGUGGGCGCCGCUGCCCGAAUCCUACCUGAGCAACAAGCGCAACCUGCUCAACGUGUAUUUUGUGAAAAUCGCCUGGGCCUGGACGUUAUGGCUGCUGCUGCCUUUCAUCGGCAUCACUAACUACCACGUCACCCGGAACGCACUGGUGGUGUUGCGACGCCUUACUGCUCUGCUGGUCGGCACCGUGGUAUGGUAUGCGUGCACGAGGGUGUUCCUGCACAUUGAGGACCUCACGGGCAGCUGCUACAAAUCGCCAGCUCUUGAUGCACUGCACCGGCAGCAUCCCAGCAAACUGCAGUGCCAACAAGCUGGCGGCUUCUGGCACGGUUUUGACAUUUCCGGGCAUUCCUUCCUCCUCUCGUACUGCGCCCUGAUGAUCGUGGAAGAGAUGGCCGUGAUGCACAGCUUGAAAACCUCCAGGAACCCCCGGCUGCACAUGGUGGUCAGCUGCCUGUUCCUGGCUUUGAGUUGCUUGACCGUGAUCUGGUUGUUCAUGUUUUUGACCACUGCUAUAUAUUUCCAUGACUUCUCCCAAAAGCUUUUUGGCACCUCGGUGGGCCUCAUGGCAUGGUAUGGAACAUACAGGGUCUGGUACCUGACGCCCUUCUCUCCUGGACUUCCUCCGCAAAGUGUUACCUUGAGCUCUCAAAAGCCCAAACGUAGCCUAUAA